UUUGGAGUAAAGAACAUGUCAUCUUUAAGCGGCAGAAUACAGACCGUUUUAGGGCUCAUCCCCCCAGAUCAGCUUGGAUACACCAUGACUCACGAACACUUGACAAUGACUUUUGAAUGCUGCUAUUGUCCACCACCUGCACAUCAAGCCAACUUGUCCGAUGGACCCAUCAUUAUGAAGAACUUGUUCUGGCUAAAGCAAAAUCCAUACAGCAAUAAAGAGAACCUUCUCCUGAAUCAGGAAGUGGAUGCCAUAAAAGAAGAGCUCAUUGCUUUUAAGGCCGCCAGUGGAGGCUGUAUAGUGGAAAACACCACUACUGGAAUCAGCAGAGACGUAAAGACGCUUAAAAUGCUUGCGCAGGAGACUGGUGUCCACAUUAUCUCGGGGGCUGGAUUCUACGUGGAUGCAACUCAUAGUCCUGGGACUCGGUCAAAUUCUGUUGAGCAGCUGACUGAGGUUUUAGUUGAUGAAGUUCUCCAAGGAGCAGAUGGGACAGAUAUAAAAUGUGGAAUAAUCGGAGAGAGUGGAUGCUCUGGCCACUAACUGACAGUGAAAAGAGAAUUCUUUCAGGCGACGGCUGAGGCUCAGACACAGCUUGGAUGUCCUGUGAAUAUUCAUCCUGGCAGAAACAGCGAGGCUCCCUUCCAGAUUGUGCGCAUUGUACAGGAGGCAGGGGCUGAUAUCUCCAAGACUGUGAUGUCUCAUCUUGAUAGGACUAUAUUUGAUGAGAAGACGCUGCUGGAGUUUGCCGCACUGGGGUCGUACCUGGAAUAUGAUUUGUUUGGAACAGAAAUGCUGAACUAUCAGUUUAAUACAGCAGUGGAUAUGCCCAGCGACAAUGACAGGAUCAGAACGUAAGAUCGGCUCCUGGUCAAUGAAGGCUAUGACGAAAGGAUUGUCAUCUCUCAUGAUAUACAUACCAAAAACAGGCUGGUAAAAUAUGGAGGACACGGAUACUCACACAUUCUCAACAAUAUUGUACCCAAAAUGCUUUUGAGAGGCAUAGCCCAGCAAAGCAUCGAUAAAAUAUUGUUAGAGAACCCCAAAAGGUGGCUGACAUUUAAGUAAAGGCUCAUGAUUGGGAGAAUUUAAAGGUUUUAGAUAUUUCAAAAAGAUUUCUAAAAAGUUCUUCACUUACAUUUAGAAUUACCAAAGUGAUUCAUUCCUAUGGCAGAAUAGAAAGAAGUGUGGCUUGAACACCGCCAGGCUCCCUGGCUCAUCCCUACCUCCUUUAAGAUAUGUUUUCCACCGACCGUAAGUCAUCUGCAAAGAGGUUGCCAAGUAGAUGCUACCUGACAAUGGCUCUAGCUGUUCGACAGUUUAACCCUAGUAACCAGUCUGUCUCAAUUGAGUAGCAUCAUGCUGGGCUGGUAUUUUGGUGGCCUAGGCAGACUAGGCAAUCUGUGCCGCUAAAUGUACUCUAUAGUCCAGUAAUACCAAUUCAAUUUCUAUUUGACAGCCUGACACAUGUUCCGUUUGGCAGGUCCUUUUGGCAUGUGCCACACAUUGUUGUACCCUUAAAGGGGUUGUAACAUGAAAUAUAUUCUAUAUUGUUCAAACCAGGACCUAGAUCUGAAUACUUUUAUAAUUGUACGUAAUUAAAAAUUUAGUAAAGCCACUGACUUAUUCAAUAUAAUGUAUCUGUAUAGCGCAACCUGUUCGUCAU